AUCACGCCGCCUCGUGACGUCUUGGAGAAGAGGAAACCCCGGAUGACGACAAUUUCCGCGUGCCGGAGUGGUGGUGGUGAGGCGAGUGCAGAAGCAUGGACGAGGAUGAGGGCAUGGGGGGGGAGGUGAACUCGCUGCAGGACGGUGGCGAGGACGCCGUGGCGCUCAGCAUCACCGUGACGGGGCUGGAGGGCGCCGCGCUGUCGUCGGAGCUGCUGGCGAUGUACUUCGAGAACAAGAAGCGGUCGGGAGGGGGGCCCGUGGCCGAUGUCAGCUUGACCCCCAAUCGAGAGGCCCGAGUCACUUUCAAAAGUGUGGAAGACAUGCGGGCGGUGUUGAGGCAGACGGAGCACAACCUGUGCGGCGUCCCUCUGCGGGUGUCACAGUGCCUCCCUCUCGACCCCACCAAAGUGCUGCUUGUGGGCCUGAAGGCGACGACGCAGGUGGAGGUGCUCCAGCUGUACGUGGAGGCUCUGAGCGGGGCCAGCGCCGAGGACUUCGCUCUGCACUACGGAGCCGGCAGAACCUCGGCUCUCGUGCACUUUCACAAGGGGCCGCCACCUCUUGAGUUGAAGCUGUUCGUGCGUCGAUGCGAGGAGCGUUGCCUGGAGGGAGCGCGGCUGCGUGCCGAGUGGGUGCCGGUCACCUCACGCCUGUGGGUAGGAAACCUGGACCCCACCGUGUGCCAGGACUUGGUGAUGCUGUACUUUGAGAGCCGGCAGAGCGGCGGCGGCGCAGUACAGAACGUGGCUCUGUCGCCACUUGGAGGCCACGCCAUCGUCACCUUCCACAGCGACAAAGGGAACUGCGGAGCAGUGAGCGUGGUGGACCAAGUGCUCCAGCAAACUCACACCCUUCACAAUCGUCGCCUCGAGGUGAAACCGUACUUCCUGCAGCUGGAGGAGGGUCCUUCGGACGAAAGCAUGGACGACACUGCUCCCUCAGCCACAGCGACUCUGGUAUCGGUGCCCUUGCCAGUGGACGACACUGCAGCGGGAAUGCACGAGCGGUCGAGAGGUGGUGGCACAGCGCACUGCGAGAGGGACACGCGCAAUGGGAACGCCGGCCCGAGAGAUGGCGGCACAGCUUCAGCAGAAAUCACGGAGACCGUUGUUCUCAAAGCGAGCCUUGCGUAUUUGUCGCCUUUGCUGCAGCAAGUCAUCGGCUCAAUGGAAAAUGGAUUUGAAGGCCUGAAAAUCAAGGUUUCGCAAAAUGAGAUUCAGAUAACCGGCACAAAUCGCAGUGACAUUAUGGAAGCCAAGUGUCGCCUGUUGACACUGUUGAGUGAAGUAAUUGAAAUACCUUGGGCAAUCGAUUCCAAAUUAUUGGCAUUUCUGAAAAAGAGCAACGUUUCUAAAUAUAUUGGAAACGUUUGUAAUGAGGAGAAGAUUAAUGCCAUUUACAGGGUGACCGAUUCCUCCGUGCAGAUUGGCUCGUUUGGGGAAGAAAGCGGCAACUCCCUGAAGGAAGCCAUCUCUGACAGGGUGCACAGUUUCCAAUUGCCUUUGCCAUCCGACCAGGCCGCGGUCAUGUCAACGCAGGAAUGGUCAGAGUUUGUGCAGGGGCUUGAGGUGGCAGGGCCCGUCCACUUUGAAUGUGGGGAUGGACACAUGGAGGUGAUCGCUCUGCGUGAACUGCAAGCUUGUGUCCAGGCGAAGGUGGCAACGUUCCUGCGGGAGCACGCCGUGGUGGAGAGCGUGUUCCCCAUGGAGGAAGCCGUGCUGGAUUUCCUGCAGGAGCAUUACACAAGCAUCCUGCAGCAGAUCAGCGAGCAGAUAACACUCAUCCCUGUGAUGGAGCCUCCCGUCAUUGGCUUGAAGAUGUAUGGGACGGAGGUGUGCUGCGGCAAUGUGCGGGAGAUUCUGCAGAGCCUGGUGUCGCCCUCCUCGGUGCUGUGCACCACCGUCUCCGUGCCCAGGCCGGGCAUCACCCGCCUGCUGUGCCAUCACAUUGGCCAGGAGCUGCUCUCCCAGACAGAGCAGCAAUUCCUCUGUAAGAUCCGGCCCAAAGACACCAGCUGGUCCAACUUGCGGCUCCUGGAGAGCUGUUGCGCGCCAGCGCGACAGGCGAGCGCGGAGGCGCGAGGAGAGGAGGUCGCACCUCGCUUUGUGCGCACGGAGAGCUGCAACUCUCCCAGGAUGAGCCUCCCUGCAGGUGGCGCUCAACGUGAAACGGCUGAGAUUACGAGCACGAUCGGCAGCAAUGAUUCGGUGGAAAUAAGUGUGGAGACUGAACGGGGAUCCGCCCAGCCUAAUAGCAUCGGUGGGGAGGUGUACGGAGAACAGGCUGACAGACCAGAAGCACUCGGUGAAGAAGCUAACCUCGCUCUCAUGGAAGCCGGAGGUCAAGAUGAUCAGGAAAACACAUCAGCUGGCGUCGAUGCCAGCACAGAGGAGCUUGAUUUUGAGCGGGCAAAGGAGCUGUCACUCAGACAUUUCCAAUCGAAUGUGACUCUGAACGAGGAGGAGCAGCUCCAGAUGGCCAUUCAGAAUUCCCUCGUACAGGAGGAGAAGAUGCGGAGUGAGGAGGAGCUACUGGAGGAAGUCUUGCAGCUCUCCACGCAGAACCUGGAUAGAGAGAACGAGAAUGUCUAUCAGUUGGCGCUCAGUCUCUCUGUGUCAGAAACAGCAAACCCCAUGAAUUGUGAAUUUGAAAAGGCCAUUGAAAUGUCCACGAAAGCCGACACGGACCGACUCUCUCUCCAACCGCAGAGCUUCUCUGACAAUAUUGAGCUCAUCAUCUGUGCCGACGCAAGCGGCAGCAUCGACCGAAUCAAAGAUCAUUUGGUCAAAAAUAUUGACGGUUACUUUCACGAGAUCAAACUGGAAAACGAAUGUUUUAAACAGCUCACGUUGGCGACGAGAAGCACUCUGGAGCGCGAGCACGGGGUGCGGCUCACCGUGGAGGGGAGCAGGCUCAGCCUGUACGGCUGCAAGCUGUUCACAGCGGAGGCCCUGUGCGUCCUCAACGAGCUGCUCGGGAGGGCCGUGCAGGAGCAGCUCGACGCCACCGAGAGGGAUCUGAUUGGGCGCUCCGUGGAGUGGCUGUGGGGCCCCGAGCCAGGAGUGGCCAUGCCCUACCCCCCCGAUGCCACCGUCUACUUAGAGAGAGCGUGGCAGAAGAAGAAACCCCGCGUCAGGGUCCACUUCAAUGGCCACUUGCACACCGUUGAUUUUCGCAAAAUGGAGGAGCUGAGGGAAGGAUCCGAAAGAUCUGUGAAGAUUAUCAGGAGAGAUCUCGGUCAAGAACACGGGUCGCUGGCCUCCGCUGAGUGCGUCGCUCUCGUGGACCUGGACGCCGACGACGAGGAGUUUAAAACAGUCAAAGAUCAGUUUCUUGGAUCGCUGGAGAACGUGAACGUUGAAAUUCUUCAGAUCCAGCGCGUGGACAACAGCGUCCUCUACCGGCAAUUCCUGCUGAAGAAGCAGCAGAUUGAGCGCGAGUGCUCGCAGCCUCCCUGUGAGAGGAUCCUGUUCCACGGCACAGCCGACGCAGCGUGCUCCGAGAUCAAUUUGCACGGCUUCAACCGCAGUUUCUGUGGGAAAAAUGCGGCGCUCUACGGCCAGGGCGUGUACUUUGCGACGAGCGCGCGCAUCUCGGUGCGCGACCAGUACUCUCCGCCGGACACCGCGGGCCGCAAGCACGUGUACUUGGCCCGCGUCCUCACCGGCGAUUUUGCGCAGGGCCGUGAGAACAUGCUCACGCCACCCAUCCGGCUUCCGGUCACCGACGGUGGCCCCAUUGUGCGGUUCCACAGCGUGGUGGACAACACCGCCCACCCUGACAUCUUCAUCAUCUUCAAUGAUACGCAGGCCUACCCCGAGCACCUGAUCACGUUUCGGUGGAUCGCUACGCUCUGAUACGGUGCGGCGUGUCGCCUGCCGUCUGCCUGGACGUGUGCCGGCAACACUCGUGCCUCGUAGCUAUAAACCUGAGUUCGAUUCCUCACUUGGGCGCUUUUCUGUGUGGGGUUCGUCUGUUCUGCCCCUGGUCUGCAUGGGUAUUCUGCAGUUUUCUUCUCCCAAGCUUAAAGCAUACAACGUAACUUGGUAUUGACUAAACGUGCCAAUGCUGAAACAUCACCUGCAAAUCACUCUGUCGGGAAUACACAGAGCAACCGCCCUUUACUGUGAAAACUUGGUUGGACCCUCCUAAAAGUCUGGACUGCUGGGUAAACGAAUCCAAAUAUUACUACAAAUAUGAUUUUACCAACAUUUAGUCGGUUAUUUUUUUCCAUAAUUUUUUCCAAUGUGUGGUUUCACUGUCUUGUCAAACGACUUAGAAUUCGGUCAUAAAUCUAAGAACGUAUUAAAAACCUUCCAAUACAUUGCCACGACUUUGUUGCAUGACAGUCACACCAAUGUUUACUGCUCAGAGCUAUAGUUUUGCCAAUUUAUGGGCAGACACAAAUAUGAUAAGAUUGUGUUUAUACUGGUAGGAACCUCCUGGUUACACCAUCCCAAGGGGGAUUAUUGUGUCCGUCUGUUCCGUCGUGCAUCCAAAAAUGGGAGGAGUGGGGCUGGGUGGAGAG